AAAGCCGUGCGCAGUCACUAGAAACGCUCGUUAUAGAGGUAGAUAAAACGGAGCGUCGAACCUCUGUCCGUAUCAAACGCAGGAGAGCCAUGUACGGAACACUAGCCAUCAUUAGCGCUGUCUUCGUGGCGGCUGCCUCAGCCCAGGCGACGGUCAGUGGAUCGGCGACCGCAGGGUCUUCUGGGUCUGCCACUGGCUCAGGAUGGGGAACCAUGUUGGUAAGCCCCAUGAGGAACGUCCUUAACAGCGGAUUGUCCGCGAAGAGCAACGUAGCACAGGCCGGCACUAAUAUGUUCAAGGCCGGUUUGGAUAUGGGAGAUAGCUUGACCGCCAAUAUCCCCAUCGUGAAUGGCAUCGCUAAUUUGGCAACCAACGGAAUGAGAGUCGGAGCAGAUCUAGGAAACAGUAUAGCUCAGAGCGCAAUCAAGACAGUACAAACCGUGGACAACAUGAAAAUGGACAUGCUGGAAAAAGGAAUUAACACAGUAGGAAAUGCUGCUCAAAUGGGAGGUAGAUUAGUAUUAGGUGGUGCUAAUAUGGGAUCAGCCUUCGCAGACCGUGCAUCUCUAGUGGCUUCUAGAUUAGCUGAAAGUGCUAGUCAGGUUGGUUCCGCAGUGGCAAAUGGCGCAUUGCAAGCAGGAUCUAACGCGGCUGUUUCACUUCCGAGUCUAAGUGGUGUCAUGCAACCUGCAGGAAGUGCCGCAGUAUCUGCUUCAUCAUCUGCUGGAGGAAAUGCCGCAGGAUCUGCUUCAUUAUCUGCUGGAGGAAAUGCCGCAGGAUCUGCUUCAUCAGCUACUGAAGGAAGUGCCGCAGGAUCUGCUUCAUUGUCUACAGGUGGAGGAGCCUCAGGAUCCGUUUCUGCCACUGGUGGAAGGAAUUCAUUGUCCGUUGGUUCUUUGUUCGGCUGAAAUAUUAAAAAAAACUGAUAUAUUAAAAAAUAUUAUUGAACUGAUAAUGAACGAUAUUUACAAUAAAAAGUGCUCUCAUUGAA